GCAGUGAGACUCAGUAGAUGUCCGGAUAGAAGAAUAUCUGCCCUGCCUCCUACCUGUCCCACCACAUAGCAAGGUAGGAUAUGACAGCAGUGGGAGCUGACCUUCGGUGAGUGCUUAGUAUAUGCCAGGUGCCAUUAGCGUGGAAGAAGGUAAUCUGUCAGAAGACAGUAUCCACUUGUGCAUGGACAUGCCCAUACACCCACGCACAAUUUGUGUUAAGGGGAAAAAUAUAAAUGAAAUUCUAACUUUAACUUCUAGUUUUUGGCAUAAAUAAGCUGAUGAAACAUUGAAAGAUGAGGUAAAUAUAGUCAUGUGGCAUAUACAAGAGUUCAAAAUGAGCCCAUAAUGAUUUAUGUUUGCUCUGUUUUAUAAAGUAAGAAAGGAUGUCAUAAAUUAAGGAACUGACCCUGUUAGAAGAGUCAGUUGGGCAGAAGGUUUUGCUUUCCAAGAUUAGUAGUUUCCAAUCCUCCCUAUCCUUUAAGGUCUGAAAGCCUCUUUUCAUAGGAAAUUGAAUGAUACAGAGUUAGAACAUGAAACAGCUCAAGGGUGGUGUGGACUCUGGUAGUGGUGGGAAAGCCUGUUUGUAAAACAUGUUGAUGUUUGUGAUGUUCCCUUAGACAUGAUUUCUUUGAAAGCUUUGUCCCCAAAAGCACUUUUCGUAUGGAAGUCCUACAGUCAGUCCUGUCAAAGGUACUCCUCUUAAAUGUGGGGCACAGAAGCCGAUUGGAGACCCUGCUAACAGGCGUGCUCUCUGCCAGUCUGGGCAGUUACUUUGCAGGUUUCUCCCAGUAGAAGCAGAUUGGUAAUAUUCUAGAACAAAGGUCACAAUUGGUGACCAGUUGUGUUUUGUUUGAGAGCAUGACCAUCAAAAACAUUCGAGUCAGCAUUGAAAAAUGGGGAGAUUUCUUACAACACUCGGGGAUCCUGGUGUCUCAGGAUCUGGCCGCAUUUGUCAAUGUUGAGCAGUGGCUGCAGCUUGUGGAUGGCCCUGAAAUGUCCCAUUUCCCACAACUUCACCACUCGCUCUGCUUUACAUGCCUGGUCUCUUCCGUUCACUUGGGAAUUGUGUCUGGCCUCUUCAGUUGCAAUUGUAUUCAGAGGCCAGUGUAGCACUUCUGAAACUGAAUAACCCCAAAGACUUCCAAGAACUGAAUAAGCAGACCAAGAAGAACAUGACCAUUGAGGGAAAAGAACUGACUAUAAGUCCUGCCUAUUUAUUGUGGGACCUGAGUGCCAUCAGCCAGUCUAAGCAGGAUGAAGAUGUUUCUGCCAGCCGUUUUGAAGAUAAUGAAGAGCUGAGAUACUCCCUGCGAUCCAUUGAGAGGCAUGCUCCAUGGGUUCGGAAUAUUUUCAUUGUCACCAAUGGGCAGAUUCCCUCUUGGCUGAACCUUGAUAAUCCUCGAGUGACAAUAGUCACACACCAGGAUGUUUUUCGAAAUUUGAGCCACUUGCCUACCUUUAGUUCACCUGCUAUUGAAAGCCACAUUCAUCGCAUCGAAGGGCUGUCCCAGAAGUUUAUUUAUCUGAACGACGAUGUCAUGUUUGGGAAGGAUGUGUGGCCAGAUGAUUUUUAUAGUCACUCCAAAGGUCAGAAGGUUUAUUUGACAUGGCCUGUGCCAAACUGUGCUGAGGGCUGCCCAGGUUCCUGGAUCAAAGAUGGCUAUUGUGACAAGGCUUGUAAUAAUUCAGCCUGUGAUUGGGAUGGUGGUGACUGCUCCGGUAACAGUGGCGGGAGUCGCUACGUCGCAGGAGGCGGGGGUACUGGGAGUAUUGGAAUUGGACAGCCCUGGCAGUUUGGCGGAGGUCUAAACAGUGUUUCUUACUGUAAUCAAGGAUGUGCUAAUUCCUGGCUUGCUGAUAAGUUCUGUGACCAGGCUUGCAAUGUCUUGUCCUGUGGGUUUGAUGCUGGCGACUGUGGGCAAGAUCAUUUUCAUGAAUUGUAUAAAGUAACACUUCUCCCAAACCAGACUCACUAUGUUAUUCCAAAAGGUGAAUGCCUGCCUUAUUUCAGCUUUGCAGAAAUAGCCAAAAGAGGAAUUGAAGGUGCCUAUAGCGACAACCCAAUAAUUCGACAUGCUUCCAUUGCCAAUAAGUGGAAAACCAUCCACCUCAUAAUGCACAGUGGAAUGAAUGCAACCACAAUACAUUUUAAUCUCACGUUUCAAAAUACAAAUGAUGAAGAGUUCAAAAUUCAGAUAAUAGUAGAGGUUGACACGAGAGAGGAACCCAAAGUGAAUUCUACAACCCAGAAAUCUUACCAAAAUUUGGUCAGCCCCACGACACUUCUACCAGAGGCAGAAAUCCUGUUUGAAGAUAUUCCUGAAGAGAAACGCUUUCCAAAGUUCAAGAGACAUGAUGGCAACACAACAGGAAGAUUCCAAGUGGAGAUGAAAAUUCCCCAAGUGAAUAUUUCACUCCUUCCGAAAGAGGCCCAGUUGAGUCUCAGUAACUUGGAUUUGCAACUAGAACGUGGAGACAUCACUGUGAAAGGGUACAACCUGUCCAAGUCAGCUUUGCUGAGAUCAUUUCUGAAGAACCUACCAGAUGCUAAAAUAAAAAGAAAUCAAGCUAUAAUAACAGAUGAAAGAAAUGACAGUGUAGAGGCCCCGCUGGAAAAACAGGUUCACAAAAGCAUCUUGCCAUAUAGCUUGGGAACAUUUGAAAGAUUACAGAAGUCAACUUUUCCAGCAGCAACAAUAAAAGUGAAUGGCCACUACCAGAGUCAGAAUCCACCCCCAGACUUAGAAAUGGAAGGCAAAUUUAGAUCUGAAAUUCUGAUCCAAGAAGUAAGAGGCGAAAGUGUGUCAAAAGAAAAACUCUCAUCUCGAAUUGUUCCACUGCAAGACCAGAUGGCAAAAGAAAAAAUCACAGGGAAAGAACAAGAGAAACACAGAAUGGAGGAAAAUGUGAACAAUUAUAUCGAUGUUAAUGAAGUAUUACCUGGCAGAAAACUGCAGCAUCACGCAGACAGUUACCUGGGCUUUUUGCCAUGGGAGAAAAAAAAAUAUUUCCAAGAUCUUCUUGAUGAAGAAGAGUCAUUGAAGACACAGUUAGCAUACUACACUGAUAGCAGACACACUGGGAGGCAACUAAAAGAUACAUUUGCAGAUUCCCUCCGAUAUGUAAACAAAAUUCUUAACAGCAAGUUUGGAUUCACAUCUCGGAAAGUCCCUGCUCACAUGCCUCACAUGAUUGACCGAAUCGUUAUGCAAGAACUUCAGGAUAUGUUUCCUGAGGAAUUUGACAAGACGUCAUUUCACAAAGUGCGCCAUUCUGAGGAUAUGCAGUUUGCCUUUUCGUAUUUUUAUUAUCUCAUGAGUGCAGUUCAGCCACUGAAUAUAUCUCAAGUUUUUGAUGAAGUUGAUACAGACCAAUCUGGUGUAUUAUCUGACAGAGAAAUCCGAACACUGGCUACCAGAAUUCAUGACCUGCCUUUAAGUUUACAGGAUUUAACAGGUCUGGAACACAUGUUAAUAAAUUGCUCAAAAAUGCUUCCUGCUAAUAUCACUCAGCUAAGCAGUAUUCCACCAACUCAGGAAGCCUACUAUGAUCCCAAUCUGCCACCAGUCACUAAGAGUCUAGUAACCAACUGUAAACCAGUAACUGAUAAAAUCCACAAAGCAUAUAAGGACAAAAACAAAUAUAGGUUUGAAAUCAUGGGAGAAGAAGAAAUUGCUUUUAAAAUGAUUCGUACCAAUGUUUCUCAUGUGGUUGGCCAGUUGGAUGAUAUAAGGAAAAACCCCAGGAAGUUUGUUUGCCUGAAUGACAACAUUGACCACAAUCAUAAAGAUGCCCAGACAGUGAAAGCUGUUCUCAGGGACUUCUAUGAGUCCAUGUUCCCCAUACCAUCCCAGUUUGAGCUGCCAAGGGAGUAUCGAAACCGUUUCCUCCACAUGCAUGAGCUGCAGGAAUGGAGAGCAUAUCGAGACAAAUUGAAGUUUUGGACUCAUUGUGUACUAGCAACAUUGAUUAUGUUUACUGUAUUCUCAUUUUUUGCUGAACAGUUAAUUGCACUAAAGCGGAAGGUAUUUCCGAGAAGGAGGAUACAGAAAGAAGCUAGUCUCGAUCGAAUCAGGGUAUAGAAGAUCUUCAUUUGAAAAUCAUCUACCUCAGCAUUCACUGAGCAUUUUAAAACUCGGCAUCACAGAGAUGUCUUUGUGACAUCAGCCAGCUUGGCCUGAAGAAGGAAAAGCAUCCAGUACAAUACUUGUUUUGUGGUGUGAAUAUAGCCUACUGACCAGUAAUUGUGUAACCAAGACAUGGAAAACUUGUGUGUUGAGCAGCUCUGGACUGGUUUUACUUUAAAGCAUUUGCUCCUGGACCCAUCAUUCUUUUACUGAAAAGGCUCACUGACAAGAGACAGCUGCUAAGUUCCCAUAGCAACCAUUGCCAAUUAACUUUCACAUGAGAAGCCUUGGCUAGCUUGGGAGCCAUUGCUAAGAGAACCCAGUCUUUGCAUUCCAAAGCCUUUUGCUGUGGUUUUACAUUUUUGGAUUUUUUUGUUUUUCCCAUUUCCUAUUUUUAAAAUAAGUAGCUACUAAGUUAACUAGUUACCCUUGCUUCCGAAAAUAAUGAAUUGGGAUAUCUAAACACAUUUUUAUAAAUGUUAUUUAAAUAAUGCAACAAUACCACCUCCUACUGGCAAUACCUAAAUUAUGGAUUUUAUUAACAUUUAAGACUGUAAGUGGUCAACUACUGAGGAGAUCAAUGACUGACAUCUGAAGUACUUUGUGCUUGUUUACUUCAGCCCCUAAGAAUGUGAUUUCAUGUGGAGGCCUAAUUACAAAGGGCUAGAGUUAAGUAGCAGAGCUACCUUUCAGAUGUAAUUAUGUUUUGGAAAUGUACAUAUUCAAACAGAAGUGCCUCAUUUUAGAAAUGAGUAAUGCUGAUGGUACUGGCACAUUACAGUGGUGUCUUUUUUAAUACUCAGUAUAGUUCUAGUAGCUAUCUCUUUCAGCUGGUUUCAUAUAAUGCAGGGGUCAGCAAACUUUCUGUAACAAGCCACAUAGUAAAUAUCUGCAGGCCAUAUGUAUCUCUGUUGCAUAUUCUUCUUUAUUGUUUAGGUGUUUGUUUUUUUUUUAACCUUUAAAAAUGUCAAAACCGUGUUUAGCUUGCAGCUGUACAAAAACAGGCCACCAGCUGAAUUUGGCCCACAGGCCAUUGUUUGCUGACCACUGGGAUAGAGAACUAGUAUUUUUAUGUAUGAGUAAGCCCUGAUGUUCAGCUCUAUUUUAUUUAUAUCAUUAUAUGGUGGAUUUCUGGAGACCAGAUUCCGUAAGUCCUUUUUGAACUCUAACAGGUAUUUUAGAUCAUGAUCUCAACAGUAUUCUUUCAAAAUGGCACACAUAUUUUGUAAAAAAAACUUGUAAAUACAGUGUUUGUGCUACAAGAGUUAUGUAUUUCAAAAUGUGAAAUCUCAUAAAAACUUACAUUUUGUCUGAUGCUUUGAUUUUUAAAUCUUUGAGGAAUGAGUUUAUUGUUAUCCAGAGUCCAUAAUCACUUGAGUGCUUGUACAGUGUAUCAGUGUCUACUGAACACUACUGAUAAUAAA